CGUCCAUUCAUUUCAAUCUUUUACCAUGUCGGCGCUCAGAACGGUCGUGUUUGUGACUGGCAACAUGAAGAAGCUCGACGAGGUCCGCGCGAUUCUCGCUGGGUCUGUCGAAGUCAUCAACCGCAAGAUUGAUUUGCCCGAGCUCCAAGGCGAGCCGAAUGACAUUGCACGCGAAAAGUGCCGUCUUGCGGCUGCGCAGGUCGGCGGUCCCGUCAUCACCGAAGACACCUGCCUCUGCUUCAAUGCGCUCAAGGGGCUGCCUGGGCCAUACAUCAAGUGGUUCCUCGACAAGCUGGGACACGAAGGCUUGAACAAUUUGAUUGCUGCAUACCCGGACAAGUCGGCAUACUCGCUGUGCACAUUCGCGUACUCUGCAGGUCCCGGAAGCGAGCCCAUCGUUUUUGAAGGCCGUAACAAUGGUCGGAUUGUUCCUGCGCGCGGCCCGCUUGACUUUGGUUGGGACCCCGUGUUCCAACCCGAUGGAUACAAUGAAACGUACGCAGAACUGGACAAGGCAAUCAAAAACCGCAUCUCCCACCGCAGCCAGGCUCUUGGUUUGCUGCAAAAGUAUUUCGAAACCUUGGACCAAAAGUGAUUGCCUAGUCUUGUAAUUUUGACAAAACUAUUGGUGGUUCACAUCAUCGCCUUCAUCAUCAUCAUCAUC